GGCUCGCCUGUGUUAUCAUCACGUGAUCUCUUCCGGUUCACUUCGCGCGAGAGAAUAUGAGAGACUCACAGAAAGAAGCGCGAUGAAGUUGUGUUCUAUUUUCCACAGUUACCGAUGUUUUGUUUCCCGGUGCUGUGAGGCAUUGUACUGAACCAUCCUUAAAAUAAACCAUCAUCUUUCUUUUAUAUUCAACUUGAGUAUUCAUUGAAGAUGAGUGAAGAAAGAAGAAACCCAACAAUGGCCAUAAGAUAUGAACGCUCGUCAAGAAGAACGUCCCCUUCAGCAGCAGGAGGAUCCACAGCCCCCCCACAUUAAAGAGGAAGAGGAGGAAGUGUGGAUCAGUCAGGAGGGAGAGUGUCCUGUAGGGCAGGAGGAGGCUGAUGUUAGCAAGUUUCCACUGACUGUUGUCUCUGUGAAGACUGAAGAGCAUGAAGACAAACCACCUGAGUCCUCACAGCUUCAUCACAGUCCAAACGUCCAGCAGGUGUCAGCAGAGAGUCAUGAAGAUAUUCCCUCCAAGCAGCAGGAGUGGAGCUCCAGUGUGGGACAGAAGGAGCUACAGGCCCCCUCCCACAUUAAAGAGGAAGAGGAGGAACUGUGGAAGCAGCUUCAAAGGUUGGUGGAGGAUAAUGAUGAAGAUGAAGCUCAGUCCUUACAGCUUCAUCACAGUCAAAGUGAGGAGAACAGAGGGGCGGAGCUUGUAAGUCAACACAUCACAGAAGCUGAUGGAGAGCAUUGUGAAGAUAUAAAGUCGGAACCAGACAGCAUCUUUGCUCCACUGUCAGACAUGGACCACAUGAUGUCACACUCUUCUGAUCACAGUGACCACAUUCAAGAACCUUUGGAGAGUGAAAAUGACUCUAAAGGUGAUACGAGACAUCACACUAACAACAAAGACUCUGACUGCUCUGAAUGUGGGAAAUCAUUUAGACUGAAGAGUGAUUUUACAAGACACAUGAGAAUACAUACUGGAGAGAAACCUUUUACUUGCUCUGUUUGUAAGAAAAGUUUCUCCACAAAGCAACACAUGACCACACACAUGAGAACACACACCGGAGAGAAACCUUUUACUUGCUCUGUUUGUAAGAAGAGUUUCUCCGUUAAGCCUGCCAUGACCAGACACAUGAGAACACACACCGGAGAGAAACCUUUUACUUGCUCUGUUUGUAAGAAGAGUUUCUCCGUUAAGCCUGCCAUGACCAGACACAUGAGAACACACACUGGAGAGAAACUUUUUACUUGCUCUCUUUGUAAGAAGAAUUUCUCCAGAAAGUCUAACAUGACCGAACACAUGAGAACACAUACUGGAGAGAAACCUUUUACUUGCUCUGUUUGUAAGAAGCGUUUCUCCACAAAGCAGCAUAUGAUCACACACAUGCAAACACAUACUGGAGAGAAACCUUUUACUUGCUCUGUUUGUAAUAAGUGUUUUUCCAGAAACCCUGACAUCUCCAUACACAUGAGAACACACACUGGAGAGAAACCUUUUACUUGCUCUGUUUGUCAGAAGAGUUUCUCCACAAAAUCUAACAUGACCUCACACAUGAGAACACAUACUGGAGAGAAACCUUUUACUUGCUCUGUUUGUAAGAAGACUUUCUCCACAAAGCCUAAGAUGUCCGCACACAUGAGAACACAUACUGGCGAGAAACCUUUUACUUGCCCUGUUUGUAAGAAGCAUUUCUCCACAAAGCUUGUCAUGACCAGACACAUGAGAACACACACUGGAGAGAAACCAUUUAGUUGCUCUUUUUGUAAGAAGUGUUUCUCCAGAAAGCCUGACAUCUCCACACACAUGAGAACACACACUGGAGAGAAACAUUUUACUUGCUCUGUUUGUAAGAAGAGUUUCUCCACAAAGUCUAAGUGUUGUGAUUGUGUGAAAAUGUGCGAAAGAACUAUAGCAAAGUAUGAGGAGGAACUUUGUCUUACAAAAGAGGAGAAGGAGCGACAACAUCAACUACUGGACGCUGUUUUCAAGAAACAUCAAGUUGUGUUACACAGAACAGACAUCCAGCAGCCUCCUCACAUUAAAGAGGAAGAGGAGGAUCCACAGCCCCCCCACAUGAAAGAGGAAGAGGAGGAAGUGUGGAUGAGUCAGGAGGGAGAGUGUCCUGUAGGGCAGGAGGAGGCUGAUGUCAGCAAGUUUCCACUGACUGUUGUCUCUGUGAAGACUGAAGAGCAUGAAGACAAACCACCUGAGUCCUCACAGCUUCAUCACAGUCCAAACGUCCAGCAGGUGUCAGCAGAGAGUCAUGAAGAGAUUCCCUCCAAGCAGCAGGAGUGGAGCUCCAGUGUGGGACAGAAGAAGCUCGAGACCACUCAUAUAGAGGAAGAAGAGGAACUGUGGGAGCAGCUUCCAAGGUUGGAGGAGGUUAAUGACGAAGAUGAUAUAAAGUCAGAACCAGACAGCAUCUUUGCUCCACUGUCAGACAUGGACCACAUGAUGUCAGACUCUUCUGAUCACAGUGACCACAUCCAAAAACCUUUAAAAAGUAAAAAUGACUCUGAAGGUGAUACGAGACAUCACACUAACAACAAACACUUUGACUGCUCUGAAUGUGAAAAAUCUUUUAGACAUAAGAGUAAUUUUACAGUACACAUGAGAACACAUACUGGAGAGAAACCUUAUACUUGCCCUGUUUGUAAGAAGAGUUUCUCCAGAAAGCAAUACAUGUCCACACACAUGACAAUACAUACUGGAGAGAAACCUUUUACUUGCUCUGUUUGUAAGAAGAGUUUCCCCAGAAAGAAUGACAUGACCACACACAUGAGAACACAUACUGGAGAGAAACCUUUUGCUUGCUCAAUUUGUGCUAAAAGAUUCAACGCUAAGAGUAUCAUGACAUUACACAUGAAAAUACACACAGGUGAGAAACCUUUCACUUGCUCUGUCUGUAAGAAGAGCUUCAUCAGAAAGCAUCACAUGACCACACACAUGAGAACACACACUGGAGAGAAACCUUUUACUUGCUCUGUCUGUAAGAAGAGUUUCUCCAUGAAGCCUGACAUGACCACACACAUGAGAAUACAUACUGGAGAAAAACCUUUUACUUGCUCUGUUUGUAAGAAGAGUUUCUCCACAAAGCGUAACAUGACCACACACAUGAGAACACACACUGGAGAGAAACCUUUUAUUUGCUCUGUUUGUAAGAAGAGUUUCUCCAGAUGGCAACACAUGACCACACACAUGAGGACACACACUGGUGAGAAACCUUUUCCUUGCUCUGUUUGUAAGAAGAGUUUCUCCAUGAAGCCUGACAUGACCACACACAUGAGAAUACAUACUGGAGAGAAACCUUUUACUUGCCCUGUUUGUAAGAAGAGUUUCUCCAGAAAGCAAUGUGUGACCAAACACAUGAGAACACACAAUGGAGAGAAACCGUUUGUGUGAUAAAACAAUCAGGUUUAAGUAUCAGGUCAGUAGACACAAGUGUGUAACAGUCAUGGAAGCUGCAGGGAUGUAAAAACACUCAAACGGUGAUUGUGCUAAAUGUACUUUAAAAACACAGCAUGUUUAAUAUGAACGUAUAUUUUAUGUUCAAUGUUGUGCUUCUUAUCUUCUACUCUUAUAUGUUGUCCUGGAAUGACUUUUUAAGUUGUGUGCAUUUAUUGAAUAUUAUAUAUGUUGCUAAAUUUUUAUUCUAUUUUCCCAUUGUUAAAGAGAGGUCAUCUUAUUUUUUAUUUUUUUUUCCAACACAUUUUCUCCAUUGCACUUUAUUGAUGUUAUUUUCCAAUUAAAAGUAUGAAUUAAUAACAUUGUUAAAAAAAUUUGGACCCUAAGUUCGGACACAGAUUCAUCGUCAUCGUCAUGGUCAUCAUCAUCAUCAUCAUCAUCAGAAUACUGGAUGAAACUUUAACAUUACUUUUUUUAAUAUAAGUGUGACCUCAAUAUUCCUCGAUAAUAAGACUAAAAAUAGAGAUUUAAGUACCAUAUUAGAGUGCCUCUUAUAGAUCUACCUCGCCACAUUGUGAGAAGUGGGGGCUAGCAGUUGCAUGUUUUUAUCAUGUUUUAGCAGCGAGGAAGACAGCAUUUGUUUUUACUUUUUUGUCAGAUUCAAGUUUUAAUGUUCUUUUCAUUAAUAAAUUAAUCACUAUG